GAAAGGAUUACGGAGGAAGGAGGGAUGUAGUUUACUCUGCGGCCCAGGCUGAAAGCCUGCACCUUCGUCACUUAGGGCCAGCGCGUUCCUUUCCAGCCGCCCGACGCCCGGGAAGCUCCUGGAGCUCUCAGUCCCUUCCCUGCGCUCGCAUCCGCGCGCGCGCCGAAACACUGGCCCUGGGCAGGCUUGUGCUGCCUGGCGAAGGAGCGAAACAGAGAGAGAGAGAGAGAGCGAGAGAGACACACACGGGGGGAGAAGGAGGGGAGGAGGGGAGAGAGGAGGACCAGCACGCAUCCUGAAAGGGGGUUCUGCCGUCUUGGCUGCAAACGCGCGGCGGCGCGUAGGCGCGGGGCGCGCAUGAAUCUCGGGAUGGCGAGAUCGGAAGGAGGAGGAGGAGGAGAGGAGGAUGAGGAGACUAGAAUCUGAGGAGUGGAAGGUAGCAUUCUUCUGAAGGCGAAUGCAAGAAGGUGGGCAGGCCUGCGCGGGCCGAUGGGCGCGCGGAGCGGCAACGACACGGGGCUAAAGAAGCUGCUCCGCUCGGCGCGCCACGCGGCAUCGCGCGGGGGCAAAACAAAACGACGUCUCUACUCUACUCGUCACGUUGUAACGCCGAGGGGCAGGCAAAAAUACGAACCCACUCCUACUCACCAUGUGGCAACGCCUGGGGGGGCGAACAAAUCCGCCGACCCUGUCGGCGUGUGGAAGCCGCUCUUCCUUGGGUCGGGCGUGUUCUCCUCCACCACCACCACUGAGCCAUGCAUCCGGCAGGACGCGUGGGCGGAAGAGUGCACGAAUGGCAACUCCUCGGGUAAAUCAUAACAAAUGCGAUAAUGCGGCACGCCAUUGAAACGGUAAAUGUGUGGCGGGGCCUCGGCUGAGAAUCGGGGUUGUGACGAUCUGGCCGCAUUUCCCAAGGACGCGCCGUUUCGACAAAGGUUGCUCGUGGAAAACCACGGUUGCGACACUUCGGCUGCAUUUCCACAAGGCGGGGCGGCUACGACAGAAUACGCCUAUUCUGCUGGAAUCGCGAGGCAGGCAAAUAAGCACAACAAUAUCUGAGAGGCGCGAAAAGAGGACGAGAUGCGGCGAGAGGGAGGGAGGGGAAGGGGAACAGGAGGAGGAGAGAGGGGGGGAUACUGCUCAAAGCUACAACAUCUCAUACACAGAAGUGGCCCAUCGCUCCCGCGAAAUUAUCGUGGGACACCCGUUGGCAGACCAGCUACAGGGAGAACGGAUCCGAGGGAGGUCGAGGACCCAAGCUCCAGCAACUUCUGGUGGCGCAGCAGACUAUUCGCAAUCUGUCGCUAGCUCUUGAAAGUUGUCUUUCCUCGGGAUGAUUUGUUUUGUUCCCGAUGAGCCUAAGGCCUUCCAGUACGGCAACACACUGCCAAAACGUGCAAGCAAAUCAGAACAUAGACGUAAAGCAUCCACUGGUGAAACGGCUGCUCUCGCAGCAACAAGCGGCAAAUACCAGGAGCCAUCGCCGCUUGUAAGCCUCGUUGUGUAAACCCCCGUGCAGAGCGCAACUGCAGGAAUAAGAGUGAAGAGAGAUGGAGGGAGGGGUGAAGAAAGGAGGGAAAGAGAGAGAGAGAGAGACAGAGGAACAAAAAAACAUAAAAAGAGAGAUAGAGAGAGAGAGAGAGAUAGAGAAAUUGAUCAAAGCUGAACCGCCGCAUAAUGAUUACAAUUUGCGAGCCAUCCCCGAACCCAGGCCAUAUCUAAGCUCACACUCCCCCACCCCACCACUAUCAGGAUAGGAACACCAUGAUUGCCGUUCCAUUUUGUCCAAACGACUACUGCACCUGCACAGCGUUAUCACUGCGCGGCUAACCACCCACGCCACCAGCUACCCGGAUUGAAACCGGUAAGAUAAUGAUUCCCCAGUCGGGCCUCCUCCGGCUCAAGGGGAACUCGAGCCGUAUCUCUGCGCCCGCGUCACUGACACUGGGCCACAUCAGUGCCCCCGAAGCCCACCGCUGUUGGCGGAGGCGGUUCCUUUGUCAACCUUCUGUUUGGCCACAGUUUCGCGCUGCUUGGUCGAAGGCGCAACGACGGGCCCGGCGCCAUCCAGGCCUGGGCCGCCACGCCGCUGGGCUGGCCGCUGGCCGGGAGAACCCUGUGGUUCCGUCGGUUCCGUGGGCUGCGGUUCCCACGAGUGCGAAACGCCGCCCUGGGCGGCCUCCUCGGCCUGGCCGAGGUUCCGCCUGCGCAUGGCAGCGAGGAUGCUGCGCAUGUAAGCGCUGUCGGCUGCCAUCGUUUCUGCUGCCUGCGCCACCUGGGAAUCUUCCUCGCCAUGCCGGGGGGAAGGGGGGGAGGAGGAGGAGGAGGAGGAGGAGGAGGAGGAGGA